AUGGCGGCAGCUGCAAGCACGAAACAACCCAAGUCUUUCGCGUUCGACCACUGCUUCUACUCGCUGGACAAGGAUGACGCCAACUUCGCGAGUCAGGAGAUCGUGUUCGACUGCCUGGGCCGCGACAUCCUGGACAACGCCUUCCAGGGCUACAACGCAUGCAUCUUCGCCUACGGCCAGACGGGGUCAGGAAAAUCAUAUACCAUGAUGGGAAGCCAAGAUAGCAAGGGCAUAAUUCCAAGACUGUGUGAUUCACUCUUUGACCAGAUUUCCAGACAACAGAGCCCUGAGCUGUCGUAUAAAGUGGAAGUAAGCUAUAUGGAAAUUUACAAUGAGAAGGUUCAUGAUCUACUUGACCCAAAAACGAAUAAGCAGUCAUUGAAAGUUAGGGAACACAAUGUUUUAGGUCCUUAUGUUGAUGGCCUUUCGCAGUUAGCUGUCACAUCAUUUCAGGACAUCGAUAACCUAAUGGCAGAAGGCAACAAGUCACGCACAGUUGCAGCUACCAAUAUGAAUAGUGAAUCUUCGCGGUCGCAUGCAGUGUUUUCGGUGGUUUUGACACAGACACUGACAGAUGCAAAAAGUGGUGUUUCAGGGGAGAAAGUGAGUCGAAUGUCUUUAGUGGACUUGGCAGGUAGUGAGAGGGCUGUGAAGACUGGUGCUGUUGGAGAUCGUCUUAAAGAAGGAUCGAACAUCAACAAAUCUCUAACUACCCUGGGUUUAGUCAUCUCGAAAUUGGCUGACCAGGCGAUGGGUAAAAAUAAGGAUAAAUUUGUUCCGUACAGAGAUUCUGUGCUCACGUGGUUGCUCAAGGAUAAUUUGGGAGGCAAUAGCAAAACUGUGAUGGUAGCAACAGUAUCACCUGCUGCUGAUAACUAUGAAGAAACGUUGUCAACAUUAAGGUAUGCUGACAGAGCAAAGCGAAUUGUCAAUCAUGCUGUUGUGAAUGAAGAUCCCAAUGCUCGAAUCAUAAGAGAGCUGAGGCAAGAAGUAGAAGCAUUGAAAGAGAUGCUGAAACAUGCAACAGGCUCCGAAGGUUUUAAAGAUCAAAGAAUAAAUCUGCAUGAAAAACUAAGUGAAAGUGAGAAGCUUAUGAAAGAAAUGUCGCAGACGUGGGAGGAGAAACUACAGAAGACAGAACGCUUACAACAAGAGCGCCAGCAGGCAUUAGAGAAAAUGGGUAUUAGCGUGCAAGCAUCUGGUAUCAAGGUGGAGAAAAACAAAUAUUACCUUGUAAACCUGAAUGCUGAUCCAUCACUUAAUGAAUUGUUGGUUUACUACCUAAAGGAACGUACCCUUGUUGGGGGUCGAGAUGCCCCAUCAGAACAAGAUAUACAGCUGUCAGGUUUAGGUAUACAGCCAGAGCACUGUGUGAUUACAAUUGAAGAUGGUGGUCUUUUUAUGGAGCCCAUUAAUAACGCCCGCUCAUAUGUCAACGGUUACCCUGUAACUGAAAAAACACCUCUUCAUCAUGGAGACAGAAUACUGUGGGGCAAUCACCAUUUUUUCAGGGUCAAUUGUCCGAAGUCUUCAGCCAUGUCGGAACCACAGACACCUGCACAAACAAUUGACUACAACUUUGCAAGAGAGGAACUUAUGCUGAAUGAACUGAGUAAUGAUCCUAUACAGACCGCCAUUGCAAGAUUAGAAAAGCAGCAUGAGGAGGACAAGCAAGUUGCUCUGGAAAAACAACGACAAGAAUAUGAAAGACAGUUUCAACAGCUGAGGAAUAUUUUGUCCCCCUCAACGCCAUAUUCGCCAUAUGUACCUUUUGACCCAUUCCGCCUAGGAAAAAUAACACCAUGUACUCCUACAACACAAAUGAGAGUAGAAAGAUGGGCACAGGAAAGGGAUGAAAUGUUCAAGCGCAGCCUUGGACAGCUCAAGGCUGACAUACUAAGAGCCAAUUCUCUGGUUAAAGAAGCAAAUUUCUUAGCAGAAGAAAUGGGACGACAGACAACAUUCAGUGUCACACUUCAGAUUCCUCCAGCCAAUCUAAGUCCUAAUCGUAAGCGAGGCUCUUUCGUAAGUGAGCCAGCAAUACUUGUGAAACGUAAGAAGCAAGGCAGUCAGGUAUGGUCUAUGGAGAAGCUGGAAAACAAACUCAUUGAUAUGCGAGAACUGUAUGAAGAAAAGAAGGAGAAGGGGCUCCCUCUGGAGGAUGUUCCAGCAAAAGGUCUUGAUCCUUUUUAUGAAUCUCAGGAAAAUCACAACUUGAUUGGUGUUGCAAAUAUAUUUCUGGAAGUUCUUUUCCAUGAUGUAAAAUUGGACUAUCAUACACCCAUUAUUAGUCAACAAGGAGAAGUUGCAGGUCGUUUGCAGGUUGAACUUAGUCGUGUUGCUGGAUCAUUUCCACAGGAUCGAACAGCAGAAGCUGCGUCAGAAAGUUCUGGUGACAGUGGAAAGGAUGAAGAAGAAAUUCCUUCCAGUAGUCAAGUUACUUGCAGGGUAACUAUCAAGCAAGCAACAGGUCUACCUCUUUCUCUUUCAAAUUUUGUAUUCUGUCAGUAUGUGUUCUGGAAUCAUCCAGAAGCUAUUGUUGUACCACCAGUGGUAGACCCAGAAUAUCCUGCAGCAUGUUCAUCAGGCAAUGCAUCUAUGACCUUCAAAUUUGAUCAUACAAAGGAUUUUGUGGUGCCUGUUACAGAGGAAUUUUUGGAACAUUGUUCAGAAGGAGCAUUGUCUAUUGAAGUGUGGGGUCAUCGCUGUGCUGGUUUUACCCGUUCAAAGGAUGGUUGGGAGGUGGAGCAACAGCAGCUUGCAAAAGCACGAUCUCUAGCAGACAGGUGGAGUGAACUAACUCGGAAGAUAGAACUUUGGGUAGAAAUCCAGGAACUAAAUGAACAAGGGGAAUACUCAUCAGUGGAAGUGUCAGCCCGACCAGACCUGCUGACUGGUGGUGUGUAUCAGCUCCGCCAAGGCCAGCAGCGACGCAUUCGGGUGCAAGUCAAACCCGUCCAGAACUCGGGAACAUUGCCCAUCAUUUGUCAGUCCAUUGUCAGUAUUGCAGUUGGAAGUGUAUCUAUUAGGUCACGUCUCCAGAAACCAUUAGACUCAUACCAAGAAGAGGACCUUUCCAUCCUCAGAGAAAAAUGGAGUGAUGCCUUGAUGAGGAGGCGGCAAUACCUAGACCAACAGAUACAGAAGUUGAUAAAUAAACAAGACAAAACAGAGCAAGACCUCGAAAGAGAGCAGAGUCUGGUAGACCAGUGGGUGAGCCUGACAGAGGAACGUAAUGCUGUCCUUGUGCCUGCACCAGGCUCUGGGAUACCAGGAGCCCCAGCAGAUUGGGAGCCGCCUCCUGGGAUGGAACCACAUGUGCCUGUUCUCUUCCUGGAUCUCAAUGCUGAUGAUCUAUCUGUACAUCAAUCUGGGGAAGAUGUUUCAAUUACUGGAGCAAAUUCAAUUCUACCAAAGGAACACGGCAACAAAUUCUAUAACUUACCUAUAAUUAAACAUGAAGAAAAAGAUGUUUGUGCUGUAGCAGCAUGGGACUCAUCCAUCCAUGACAGCUUGCACUUAAAUAAAGUUACAGAAGCCAAUGAAAGGGUUUAUCUGAUACUGAAAACAACUGUCAGACUGUCUCAUCCAGCAACUAUGGAUUUAGUUCUUAGGAAGAGACUUGCUUUGAAUAUAUACAAGCGACAAAGCAUAACUGACAGGAUACGAAAAAAGAUUGUUCGAACAGACUGCCUGACACAGAGUGGUGUCACAUAUGAGAUUGUAUCAAACAUUCCAAAGGCAAGUGAAGAACUGGAAGAUCGUGAAUCGCUAGCACAGAUUGCUGCUUCUGGUGAAGAGACAUCAAUGAGUGAUGGAGAAACAUACAUAGAGAAAUAUACUAAAGGAGUAAGUGCAGUGGAGAGUAUCUUGACUCUAGACCGUUUGCGCCAGAAUGUUGCUGUGAAAGAGCUGCUGCAAGCACAGGGUCAGACACACAUGAGGAAAACAGCUAGUGUACCAAACUUCUCGCAGAUUAUGCGGUUCGAUAGCAGUUCCGACGUGGGUGGAGUCGCAAGGUCUGAGAGUGUUACAGACCUUAACUUGGAGCAUCUGAACAAUUCUAUGCACAGGGAAAGCAGAGGACGCCCUUCAACAUCUCCUGGUUUUGCAAAAGCCAAUUCAGCAGAUGGUGAUAUGAUAACAACACCAACAAAACCAUUUGGACUGAGCUCCAUCCUCUCAGCUCGCCCUACAUUCCUCAAUCUGAACCUGAACCUCAACUCUCUUCGCCUGCAGCCGGCCGGGCCCAAACCAUCUCCCAACCUUGCAGCCACGAAGCUCGGUCUCCGAAUGACGACACUCCAUGAGGAGCAGUGCAGCCACUCAGCUACAAGCAAAGAUGCCGCGACAGUCCAGCAGAAAUGUUCGAGUGCUCCCAAGUCUAAUACGAGUUCAAAAGCAGAGCUGGCAGACCCAGAUGGCAUUUACAGUGAUCCUGAAUUUUCUGAGUCAGAGUCUUAUCAAAGUUCUGGUCAACAUACAAGACCAAAUUACUUGGUAAAAUCUGGUUUACCUAGUUCAAGAACACUGGACUCCUUAGCAGAACUUCAGUCAACAAAGAUGAGUACUCCAAGUGCAUCUUCUAGUGGAUAUGGAUCUCAGGCUGUCUCCUACACGAAUCUUACUAGUGAAGAUUCUAUGUCUGUACGGAGUAUUAGUGUUGAUGAGACUCCAGAUGUGGAAACACGACCGCUGGCUAUUGCUGAAUUACACCCUGUUGCUGAAGCCAAUUACCAUGAAGAAGAGAUAGAGAACUAUGGAAAUAUCUCUGAGAGGCAAGAAAUUGUUGAAAACAGGAUGAGCUGUUCCACUGAAGCCGAAGCUGAAGGAGAAGUAAUUCCUUGGAAAUCUACUGAAGCAGCCAACAAAGGAAAUGAAUCAGUGCAGGCUGUUUCAGAGAUUCCUGUGGAAAGUGAUACUCAGAAUGUCCAGCCUUCUGUUGCGAACAUACCUGAUAGAAGUUCUUUAAGUUUGGAUUUGAAAAAUAGCCACACGAGUGAAAAAGAAUUGUCUGAGAGCAAGGAACUGAAAGAGGAGCCCCAUAACAUCGAAAAUUCCAUUCCGAAAGACAGUGAAUGUAACAUUGAUUCGGAAAGUGAUGUUAGUAGGUUAUCCAGUGAUCAGAUAUCAGAAAGUGAUACUGUUCAACAUCAAACUCAUGAACUUCAACCAGGAAGUGUUUGUGAUUCUGCAGACAUUGUGGAUGAACUGACAGGAGGUGCGGAUACAAUAAAUCUGACCAAAGCUGUUUCUUCACAUUCUCCUGCAACACCAAACUCAGGCGAUGACUCACCAUCAGAAGGAAGCUCAGUUGUCCACACCCGUUUACCUCCAGGGAAAGUUGUCAGAAGACGUAAAACAACUUCAAAGAAUGCAGUUUCAACUCAGCACCGUGCUUCCUUUCCCAUGGCCCGUCCAGCAAUGUCUGACAGCAAGGCUGCUUAUAAAUUGGAACAGAGGCUCCAAAACUUGGCACUUGGACACAAUGGAGUGUCAAGCCCACACAGCACAUCUUCAGAAAGACUUCCACAUGAAGAUGAUGGUGAUGCUGGAAGUUCAUUUGGAUCACGUCGUGAUCUAAACAGAAUUUCAGAUGCACCCAUACCUGAAUGGGUUGUAGUAGGUGAGAGUGUCCUUAUUCGACCCUAUAACUCUUCAGGUGUUGUUGCCUAUGUAGGCGGAACUGAAUUUGCGCAAGGAACAUGGGUAGGCGUGGCUCUGGAUGCCCCAACAGGAAAGAAUGAUGGUACUGUGCAGGGUGUGCGGUAUUUCACUUGCAAACCAAAGUGUGGAAUUUUUGUACGAGCAGAUAAAUUAAUACAAGAUCGACGAGGCCGUGCCAUGAGGACUGGAAAUCGACAAUCUGAAUCGGCUCCACCUAGUGGUUCAAUGAAGAGAAGCAGCAGUAGAGGUGAAGGCCUGUCCACCUUACAUCGAUCCCGUAGCCGUGGUGAAGGUAUGAGCACAGUGGGUACUCGAACCACAACGAGGAAGUAACUGCCAGCAGCAGCCUGCUGUGCUGAGAUUUUAUCGCACAGUCUUGUUGGUUAUUUGUCCAGCCAAAUGGCCAUCAACUUUCACUCCAAACUAAAUUCACUCUGAGCACAGAUUACUGUAUAAGUAUCUUACUUGUAGAAUAUGAGUGUAUAUUUUGAGACCGGAGGCUCAACAGUCUGUGUAAUUUCAGAUUUAGAGCUAUCUGUUAUUUAUUGUAGGCUUACCUGUUAUUUAGUGUAUAAAACAAAAAUUCUUUCACUAAAUUCUUUGUUCAUUUCCACUUUGUUCUGAAACUAUUAUAUAAUUGCCAAGUAGUGAGAAACAGAUGAUGACCUGGAGCUUUUUUUUUUUUGUUUUUGUUUACAUUUUACUUCUAAAUAAGUAUCUCAAACCUUGUAGAAACAGGGCAAAUGCUGAUCCUGAGCCACUGAUGAUACUGCAAUACAAUUUCCCUCCAUUUUUAUAGUUAUGUGCCACUGGUAUUAAGAUUUUUUUAAAGUACUGUGCAUAUUUAUUUGCAGUUCUCUGUUUUGUGCAGUAGAUGAACUUGAAAAGCAAUGUUUUCAUAAGUCAUCUGGAUUAUUGGAGUAGAUUGUGAUUUUCUUUCUAAGGACACAAAAGCUGCUUGCAGGUAUUAAUGCACUGUAUCCAUUCCCACUGUUGCUAAACAGCAAUGUCACCAGUUCUGAGUAUUUCUGUAUUGUGUCAGGUAGUUUUAAAUGAAGUUCAAGCAAUCACUCAGUGUAGUAUGGCCUCAGAGAUGUGGCCAUUUUGUACUGUUGUAAUAAUAUAACUGAAAGUGCAACAAAUCAGUGGCAAUUGCAUUAUUUUGCAAUACACCAUUCCAUGAAUAAUGCUUCUACAGUAUUUUCCAGUAGCCAUAUAGCACGUAAUAACAAAAAAAAAGAAGGAAGAUGUGAGAGGUGCACUAUACUGGUUGAGUUUGACUGAUUUUUUUGUCCCUUUUUUAUUAAUGUGGUAUGUGUGUGUGUUUUUUUAAAGAGGAAGAAUGUAAUUUUAUUUUGGGUGCACAAUUGUUACAAGUAAUGAGAAAUGCUUGUGGAUGGGUAGAUCACAGUGGAAAUCAUGAGGUAUUGAGAUUUUGUGUUAGCAAUAGCUAUUAAUUCAUCUUUUGGUACAAAUAUUUUACAAGAUCAAAACAGGAAAAUUUUGAAUAUCUGCAAAAUUACUGAAGAAUAGAAAAUGUCAAGUAAGUUAUUUAUUAAUUUAAAAAGUUUUUAGUUUAACAAAGAGAUAAAUAAUUACUUAAACUCUGUGAUGAAAGAAGGGCAACACACAAGCAUAAUUUGCUGUGAUAUUCAGUAAACUAUUAUACUGCUUUAUUUCGCAAAAAUUACAUACUAGCAGGUAUGCUGAAAUAGUUAACAUGCUGCAUAGUUUGUUAAUUAAUGCCAGUUACCUGAGCAGCAAGUUUUGAAAUGCCAACAGAUCAGUGUCAUUCCAAGUAACUACUUUCAUUUAAGUAGUGGAAUUACGUAUUUGUAUAACUCCAAGCAUUCCUUAAUUCAAUUCUGCAGCUUAAAAUUUAAGUAAUCAGAAAUUUGUAGCUGCUCAUGUGUGCUGAUAGCAACAACUUAAUAUUUUUCCUUAUUCGUUAUUUAUGCCAUGGAUAGAUGCAUUAUCAACUUUCAUAUUACAAUUUUAGGAGAAUAAAUUUACAGCAAUAACUGUAUGGUUAUAAAUGAUUUGCUCAUCAUGUCACCAUGGUAACAGCCAGAUUUGUAGUGAAACAUGCAUUCAACAAUAGCAGAAGAACAAAUAAACAAUUUACAACAGCAGAACAUCUUAAAAGUAAAAAAAAAAACAAUGUCAAAAUCAAAACUACCAGUAUAAUGGUGGAAAAAAUAUGCUUUUUGGACAUCACAUGGUUGACAAAUGCAUAUUAAGCUGCUGCCAAUUGAUUAAUUGAUCUAUUUCAGUUUAGCAUAUAAACAGAAUUUCAUUGUGCAGUUUCAAAAUGUAUGUGUCCUUGUAUCAGGGAAUUUUACUUUCGCAUCACAUCUCUGAGGAAUAUAUUUAUUCACAGUGGAUUACAUAUUGUAAACUUUAUGUUCAGAACUGAAAUAUUGUUAACAAGAGGGUGUAUUUUAUUAAAAUGUAGUAAUAUUUUAUACCUGAUGAUUUCCUAACUUACUUCUGCAAAAAGUCAGAAAGCUGGGGGAGAGAGAUGUUACAGACAGCAGUUACAUGUUGACUUAUUAUGAGGUCUUUGCACUGGCAAAUCACGUAGUGAUUUCCCGCACUGCUGUUUUGUUCUGAAAAUCUGUAACAUGUAAAACAGUAUUGAACACUGGAGAAAACACACAGCUGUAAAGGACAUUUCCAGUAUCUAUGUUGCAUAGAGUAACUGUAAAAAUUAUAUUUGUAUAAAGAAACAUUUUGCACAUAAUAUUAACUGUAAAAAUAUUUUUUCAUAAGUAUAAAUUGCCAAAAGUUACUGUUGCUCUCCUUCUCUCUAUCUCUCUCUCUCCAUUAACAUUGAUACACACAUUGGACAUCCAUAUUAGACAGUGCACACUUUAUUCACUGGUGCAUAUAUGAAACCCCCUCCUGAAGCAUUCUUAUACUUGUGAUAACAGAAGGUAUGGAGAAAGUCUCCAAACAUUUUGUCCAAUGUAAAGCUGUCCACAGACUUAAUGUAAAUUUUAGGUGUAAGGAAAGAAAAUUCUCCAAAAACAGACAUAAUAUUUGCAUUAACAAUAUUUUACCAUAAUCCAUCCUAGAAAUUUUGUCCAUUUCACUAAUACCGUUCCAGUUUUAGAAACAUUGCCAGAAAUCAAUUUAAAUGUUUAAGAAACUAUAUUAAAGAGAGGCAUUCCUACUGUGUUUAUUGUGAAUAAAGCAUUUUGUAUCUUCUUGGUACAAAACUUGUAUUUGCCAUACUUUCAUAACAAUAAGGGACAAUUUGUUGAAGAGGGCCCACAACUGUAAUGAUGUGUGCUUUCAAACUGCUUCAUUUUAACUGUUCUGAAGAGGCUUGACCCAGUCCCUGAAUGUACUUGUAUGGCAGAUUUUCAACAUUAUAGCGAGGAUAAGGGGAGGUGAAUUAUUUAUUGAAAAAAAUGUUUUUCUGCUGCAUUCUUACCAGAAAACAGCAUUUUGUUUGUAAAUAAACAUUUUGUCUUUCAUUAAUCAGGGAAAAAUGAUUGUGUUUUAUUUUGCAACUUUAUGCUACAUACACAUGCAGUAUUUAACUAAAAUUGACUGGUUGCAUCCUAUUUAUUUAUAAUAUUUACAUUUAUUACGUGAAUCAAAUUUUGUGGAAUAGGAACUGUCAGUUUUAAAAGUAAUAAUGAUCUCUUGUUCUGAUGUUUUACUUUCGUAGUUUUAUAUUAUGUAUCUUCAGUGAUUGAUGGCUGUUGAGUUGUCACUGUUAUGUUGAAAUGUCAGGUAUUUUAUUUUUUAUUGCAAUAAAAUUGUGCAGAUUUGUUUAUGAAA